GGCGCCGCGUGAGUCCUUCACUGGCAAGUCACUAUCAAAAAUAAAAAAGCCAUCUUUGCAUUGUUCCCGCACCAGCCUUUUCUUUCCCUUCUCCCUCCCAGGAUUUACCUGUGCUUUUAUAUAAUUUUUUUAUUAUAUAUAUCUACAUUAGAUUAUUUUUUACUCCAUUAACCAUGUCAGACACAGCAGUGGAUGCCAGUGUGGAAAAGACCACAAAGGAUUUGAAAGCAAAAGAGAAAGAAGUUGUAGAAGAAACAGAGAAUGGGAAGGACAAGCCAGCCAAUGGAAAUGCAGAGAAUGAGGAGAAUGGAGAGCAAGAGGUAGACAAUGAAGGAGAUGAAGAUGAAGAAGUUGAUGAAGAAGAUGAGGAGGAUGAUGUAGAAGGAGAUGAUGAUGAAGGUGAUGACGAUGAUGAACAAGAAGGACCCACAGGCAAGAGAGUGGCAGAGGAUGAUGAGGAUGAUGACGAUGUUGAAACAAAGAAGCAGAAAACAGAUGAAGAUGACUAGAGCAGGGUCUGACCCCCUGUCUCAAAGCAAAUUCUAUAUAUGACCUUUCCCCCACCGCCUCCCCAUCACAUUUAAAACGUGGUCACUAAAAGUGAUGCGUCCGUCCCACCCCUUCAUGCGGACUCCCAUGGCUCCAUUUUCCGUCCAUACACAAGAUUGCGUCUUAGACGUCAGGCGCUGUGACAAUGGUGCAUUUUUAAUUUUUUAAAUUUUUUUGACGCAGCACCUGGCCCACUCAUCAGCCUAGAAGGUUUACUUUCUAUUGGCAGUGUUGGUUGGAACCAUUUGCUGUCUCUUCCACAUUUAAGAAAAGCAUAAUAUUAAGGGGUGAAAUUCACAGAAAGGGGGAUUUUAUUUCCUUUCUCCCUAAAUGGGAAACUAAGAAAUGCCCUUGGAAAAGGGGAUCCUAUGUUUGUAUUUUUUAUUUACAUUUUAUAUUUUUGUACAUAUUGGUAUACAGCUGUCCUUAUUUUGUUUUGGUUCUCUACUGGGAUCUGGCUGACAGAGUGGGGCUUUUAAAUUACUUCCCCCUCCCCCUUUUUGGUAAUUUUUGCUCCUGUAGAUUUCUGAAAUAAAAUGCAUAUUUUGUUUAUGAAGUAUGGGGGCGGUGGGUAGGGUUGGUGUCAGACAGGGCUGUUCUUUUCUCCAGGGGGAAACAUGGAGAAACCUUUACAAAAAAAAUUAAAAUUGUUACAAAAAAACCUUAAUAAAUAAGACAAAGUCCCCAAUAUAAGAAAAAUAUUCUGAUCAUUCCAGUAACUUUUCCUUUUUGGUUUUUGAAUUUUAUUUUUGGUUGAGCAUAUUUUAGCUGUUCUUUAGAUGGGUUGGAUGAGACUAAUGGCCAAAGAAUUGUUUUUUUUUUGUUUUUUUUUUUGUUUUUUUUUGUCCUUGUCUUCUGAAGUUGCUGUUUAUUUUCUUUUUUUUUUUUUUUUUGGCCGGGCUGGAUGUGUGUGGCAGUAUUGUCAAUAAAACUGCAAUUUUAAUUUGCAGGCUUUCCUUUUGUUCUAA